UUUUUAGAAAGCUGCUUCCCACGGCGUUUGCCCAUUUCUUCGGUGUAAACACGCCCUUCAUGGCCAACAUCAAGAUGUCAUGUGAAUGCACUGUGUGCCCAGCAUGGACACAGUCAUCUUUCACAGUCAACUUAUAAACAUGAGCUGGGCCCCAUUUCAUGGCAUCCUGUGUACUUCUCAACUUUGCUGGGUCACCGCUCAGCAGAAGCAGCGCCAUACCACCCAUAGUCAUCAGCCUGGCAUGUCUUGAGUUCUUCAUCCAAAGGAUCUGGGCACAAGUGGGUGGUCCUCCUGUGCUGUGCUCCUCCCUGUCUGCCUGGCCAAGCCCAGUGGUUCCUCAAGGACAAUGUGUGACUCUUCAGUGUCACUCUCAUUGCAGGUUUGGCAUGUUCAGACUGUACAAGGUCACUGGUGCCCUCAUUCCUGAACUCCACAGCAUAAUGUUGCAGGAGAGCUUCCUCGCUGGCCCUGUAACCCCAGCACAUGCAGGAACUUACAGAUGUCGUGGAUCCUACCUUGGCUCCUCCUCUGUGUGGUCACCACCCAGUGACCCCCUGUUGAUUGUGGUCACAGGAGUCUACAGAAAACCUUCCCUCUCAGCUCAGCCAGGUCCCCUGGUGAAAUCAGAAGGGAACAUGACCUUGCAUUGUCGCUCAGAGAUCCAGUUUGGAAGCUUCGUUCUUCACAGUGAGGAGCUAUCCAAGGCCCCUUGGCACCUUCCUGGGCAGCCCCAUCGUGAGGGUUCCCAUGCUAACUUCAUCAUGGGUCCUGUGACAGCUGCCCAUGCAGGGACCUACAGGUGCUUCGGUUUUCUGAAUCACUCCUUCUAUGAGUGGUCUACCCCCAGCGACCUCCUGGACAUCAUGAUCACAGGUCUACAUAAGAAGCUUUCUCUCUGGGCCCAGCUGGGUGCUGUGCUGAGUUCAGGAGAGAACAUGACCCUGUCCUGCUGCUCAGAGAGCAACUUUGACGUGUACCAUCUACCCAGGGACGGGCAGCUCCGUGGGCACCAGCUGGCUGAGGGGCAGAGGCACGAUGGUGCAUCCUGGGCCCACUUCCUUCUGGGCCCCGCAAAACCAGCCCUGGGUGGGACCUACAUAUGCCAUGGCUCUUUCGACUCCUCUCCCUGUGAAUGGUCAGGCCCAAGUGACCCACUGUACCUUUCUGUCACAGGAAACCUGUCAAGUAGUUGCCUUCCAUACAGAGAACGAAACUCCAAAACAGGUAACCCCAGACACUUGCAUGUUCUGGCUGGCCCUUUAGUGGCCAUCGUCUUCCUCACCAUCCUUCUUUUUUUCCUCACUCAUCGCUGGUGCCAUGCCACAAAGAAUGCUGCUAUAAUGAACAGAGAGCCUGAGGUGGACAGAAUGGUGAGUAGGGAGGAUCCUCCAGCAGAAGAUGCACAGGAGGUGACAUACACAGAGUCAGGUCAUUGCAUUUUCACACAGCAAAAAACCACCCCCACUUCCCAGGGGCCCAAGGAACACUCGAGUGAUGCCAGUGUAUACAUGGAAUUUGUAAGGCCAAUCAAGGCUUGA